GUGACAACAACAUCGUAAGGCAUGAUGGGAAUGGUUUCACUCUGAAAAAGUCGAUGUGAAAAUGGAUGAUAAUACAUAAAGGAGUCAUGUUUCGAUUAGGAUGUAGCAUUUUGGAGAUAUGUACUGGAUUGCAGUGAUGAUAUACUGUAUGCUACCAACAGUGCCACACACAUUCUGAGGACCGCAAUGAGAAUGGAUGCCGAUGGCGUCAUCGUCUGGGAAAAUCACAGCCCACAAUCUUCAUCUUCUUGAGGAUGAUCCUGCUAAUGCCUCGGGGGACGGAAGAGGCGAAAUGAUGCCUGACGACGAUUUGAACCUCAGGACUGCUGACAGUCCGUCUUCCGUUGAGAGCCGGCAGUUGGAUGACUCCCCGAUAGAUGAAAGAGCAUCACCGGCAAAUCUUAGGGAGGAAGCCAAAUACCAGGAGGAACUCAGGGAGAGGGUGAAGAAGUCCUUUGCAGAUCUAGGAAUUGAACCUGAGGGUGUGUUGUUGAAGGAUAGCUUGGAUGACACUCCAAGGGAUUCUAUUGAAAUCAAGGAGGACCUUCCAUAUGGGGAGAUUCGGGAAGGCGAAUAUGACUCCAGGAGGAAAAAGAAAAGUGUUGAUAAUGAUGUGAAUGAGGAUGACAUUGAUUCUAGCGAAGAACUUAAUGAUGGUCAUGAUGAUCAUGGAAAUGAGGAAGAAAAUCAUUUGGAAGCAGAGGUUCCUGUAAAUGAUGAUGAUGAAGACGAAAACUUCCUUGCAGACUCUCUUGAAGCGGAGGCACCUAAUCAUCAAGGUCAAUCUGACCACAGAGCAGAAAAUGAAGACUAUCCUGUUCAUCAAGGUGAUGACAUUGAGCAUGGAAAUAAUGACAGUGCUCCAGAUGUGGGAGUGAGUAAUGACCCUCACUUUGAGGAUGAUGAAGAAGAAAAUGAUUUUGUAAGAGAUUCCUUGGAAACAGAUCGGGAUGAAGCAGAGCUGGACAACCUCAAUGACUCCAACCCUAUCAGCCUUGGAGAGGUAGAUCAAGAUCAGUUUGAUGGAGAUGCAUCUGAUAGCUUCCCGACACCUGUCAACCAAAAUAUUCCUGAUGAGAAUGAUCCUGGAGAACCUGCUGAACAGUUCCCAUCUUUGUCACAACCAUUGCAGCCAGAAGAUGAAGUUGAUGACAGAAGUGCAGAUCCAUUCCAUGAAGGAAGUGAUAAAUUAAAUAAUCAAAAUAAAGAGGAAACAUUUAGGGAUGAUGCAGGACCUGUUUCAGAAAGGCCACCUUCAGAGCAACAGUAUAAAACUCUAAAUAGAAAUAGGACAUUGGAUGGUAAUGAUGGUGAAUCUGAUGAUGGCAUUGGUGAAAACCCGAAUAGUGGAUCACAGAAUGGAGUAAGGCCAUUUGUCAGUGACCGUGAUACAACUCCACUAGAACAUGAUUAUGAUGAUGAUGAUGAAGGACAAGGAAGUCCAGCGGCUUUAAGAGGGGAUCAAUUUGGAGAGAGUUAUCCUGAUGAUGAUGAACAGAAUUCAGAAAAGCCACCUGUACAUAGUCAUAUAAGGAAUCUGGAGUCUAGAGAACAAUCGCCUGUCCUUCCAAAGCCUUCACUUUCCAAUUCAAAUAACAAUGCUAAUGGGCCUCAUGAGAGGCCCCCUUCUGGAGGGUCAGUACAUUCUGGUCAUGGUAAUUUGAAUAGCAGGCGGAGCAGCAGUAGGCAGCAUGAUCCUACAGGUGUUCUUUCAAGUCCAGGGCACCGGACAACCUCCAGGAAUCGUACUCCUGUUAGAUCGAGAGAUAGUUCUAGAGAAAGGGAAUCAGUGUCAAAAGAGUCACAACGUAGCAGGACAAGACAGUCAUCAAAUGACAGAUCUCGGCAGACUUCCAGUGGAAGAUCAAGACAGGCACCUAAUGAUAGAGUGUCUCCUGCUUCACCACAAGCUCAGUCAGCUAACGUGAAUGGAUCAUUGAGGUCUAGAGAUGGUUCAGGAGGUCCCAGGGACCAGUCCUCGAGAAACAAUGAGAGUAGAAGGGAGAAUGGUCGCAGAGGAUCUAAUGAUAUUAACAUUCCUAGAUAUUCACGCAAAGCUAUGAAUAAUUCAGAUAUAAAUGAUGAAAGUUCGAAGGAAGACCUCAGGAACAGUCCAAGCAGAGGGCAUGGAGCAAGAAAUGGAUCAAGUAAGUUCAGAAGAGUACCGUCUGGCUCAGAAAAAGCUCAAACAGUGGAGUCUGUCAGUGCAGGUAGCAAUGUUACGCUUUCCUUGAAACCCCCUCCAGGACCUCUGCGACAAAAUGUAUCUUCGCCAAAUGCCACAAAGGCUGCUGGGCAAGUUGAUUCUACUGGGAAAAAACCUAGCCCAAGAGAUUUCAUGACCCCAGGGCAGCGAUCAGAGAUGGAGGAAAAUAAGCAGUUCUGGUCUGACAUGCACCAAGCUGGUGUCUUCAACCAGCCUGUGAAUCCAUCCAUUUCAAACACUUCAACUGUUAACCCUACCUCCAAACCAAGGAAUGAGCAAGUAGAGAAAGUGAAAUUAAAGAGCGGAGAAAAAGUUAGGGUGGAAUACAUAUCAGAUGACAGCGAUGAUGAAGAUCUUCACUUCGUAGAUGAGAAAGGAAGUCCUAUUGAUCAACUUGGUAGACCACUCUUUGCCCCACAAACUCCCGAAACGCCAGAUUUAAGGAUAAUGUAUAGAAUUAAGCCUUCUCCACCUCGACAGAAAUCAAACAAGAAAUCUUCAAGUGGAAAGCAGCAGACAAGGGAAGUGUCUGCAGCUGACUCUUCAAGGUAUGGUAGUGGUUACAGCACCAGGAAUGGAUCAGGACAGAAAUCUGGUAGAGAAGGAUCCAGGAUCCCUGUAAGAAAGUUGGUAGAUAGACAAGUUUCUCCCAUUGAGGAUGAGAUUGAAAUUUCUCCAGUUGAAACCCAGCAGGAGGGAAACUUAGAUUCCGCUCUCCCACCUGUGGCACAAGUUGAGUCUUCAAGAGAAAGGCCUGUGAAAUCUGCUUGCCUCCAAACAGGUUUAGAAGAUCUACCAACACCUGAAGAUGUUGAAGAAUCUGAGUUAAAGAGUCCUGUUCAAGAAGUUUCUAUUCAGACAAUGGACCGUGAAAGUGCCAUUCAGACGUCAGAUGAACAUAUCACAGGGAAUAAUUACAACACACUGCCGUACCAAAGUCCGCUUCAGUCCCCAAGGCAUACAGGAGAAACAAGACCAUUUGGACAAGUGAGGGUUGCUCCUUUUCAACAGCAGGGUCCAGGGCAUCAACCUCCUGGAUAUAAUCAGCAGGGUCAAAUGCCAUUUCCUGCAGGUGCAUAUGCUCAGCCAAUCCCAGGAAACUACCAGGGUAAUCCACAGGCACAUUGGCAACCUGUCAUGGGACAACCUGGCUACCCAAACCAAGGCCAACAGUUUGCGGCCCCUCUUCAGCCACAGUUUGUGGAUCCAUUGAUGAGUCCUGGAAUGAACCAGCAAAUGCCUCAACAGAUGAUGCCAAAUUACCCUGGCCAACAGCAAUACCCACAACAUCACCCACAAAUGCAGGAUCCCAUGCAACAAGGACCGUUUCAACAACAAAUGCCUCAGCACCCGCAUUCUGGACUGCAAUACCAAUAUCAACCGAAUCCACAAGGUCCAUUUGCUAGUCCGGGUAGGCCAAUUCCGGUACAAGACAUGGAAGACCCUUACCCACAUGAGCGAGACACAUCUGGGCAAUCAGAAAGGAAACAUCCAGGUCCCAGAAGGCAACAGCCCAAACCUAAACACAACUUCAUUGACAUCAAUAAAACAUCAGCCAAAUUGAGACGGGAUCCUCCAAAUAAAAAGUACACAGAGGGUUUCCAGCAGAAGAAGGGUUUAAGGUCACCAAUGAACCCUAGGCAACCUCUGCCACAGAUCUCCAGGGAAAGCUCUCUGGAUGAUGGCCAGGAGUCCUCAACUGGGUGGACACCACAUGGAAGUGCAACCAGCCGAUCAAAUGACCAAUGGGCACAGGCAGUUAUUCGCGAACAGCAGAUGAUCAUGUUAGCUCGAGGUAUGUCAGAUCCCAACAUCUAUCCCCAAGGACAAGGGCCUGCACCACCUAUGCGGAAUGGGUCCCUACCUGGUAACUAUGGAGGUGGAAACACAUACCAAGGUGGCUAUCCCACUCCUGACACCAAUCUUAACCAGGUUAAUGGUCAACCCUUCAGCUGGUCUGCAGAUCGUGCAAACGCCUAUGCAAGAAUGAAUGCCAUGCAGAAUGCAAAUCAACCUGGAGUGGGAGGUCCGUUUUCUGUGGAUCCUCGAGGAAGCUAUGAGGCCACCCAGACAAGUCCAAGACAAAGGAUGGCUUACACCCAUCCUAUGCCAUCCAGGACAAGUCCUUUCCAAGUGCUUCCUGACAUACAGAACUCUGGGAGAACAAGUGGAGAAGACAAGGAAUUGAGGACCAGUGACCCUGAUGGCUACCUACUGAAGCUCCAGAAGCAGAAGCAAGGGCCUCAGUAUAAACCGUACACCCUCAAGGACUUCCAGAAUCUAAAGAAGGAUUUCAAGUUUGGUGGUCUGGGGCCGGACAAGGAAACUAUGAAUAUCAGGAAUGAGAAAGUGGCCCGGCAGCGGGAUUACGCUCGUCAGGUGAUGGAACAGAACAAGAAGAUGAUAAGGGCCUCCCCCCAGGCCAGUCAUACCCCAGGGAAGGGCAGCCCACAGACAGAAACCUCAAAGAGAGAACUGAUGCUAGCCUAUGCCGAUUCGGUCCCCCUUCCCAGAAUAAGGAAUAAUAAGCCCGCGGAUCAGUCGCCCAGGGACACCAGAUCUGUGGCCCUGGAAUACGCAAAACAUAUCCCGAAGCCUCCUGCACCAACACCGCCCGAGGUGCUCCAUGACAGACUCUACGGCAGCGGGGCCAACUCCAGGAACAGCGGGAGUGGGUCCAGGUCCUCUAGCGUGAGGGAAGAGACCUUCAGCAGCCACGAGGAGAACACUGCCUUAGAGAUGGCACGACUUCAGGAACUCACAGAGAGGCACCAACAAGAGAAGAAUGAACUUGAUAGAUUAAGGAAAGGCCUCUCAACGUGACAUGGGUUUGAGUGGGAAGAGUCAGGAAAUGUGCGAAACCCGCAGAUGUCCCCAGUCAAGGUCUUGGGCCUACAUACUGUAUACUAGCCUGACAUCGAGGUAAUAUGUAAAAUCUAUAGGAAGUCUUAGACCAGGUUUUCUACCAGAUGGACAGCGUAAGAACCAUAGGUAACAUGUGAAGCCUACAGACGGUCUUAAUCUAGGUAUGCCCUGCAGACAACAGGGUUGACUGGAACUUACAUGUACGUCUAAAAGAUUAAGGAAAUGUGUUAAACUACAGAUAUUCCAGGUCAUGGAUGUGUAGAUAAUAAGGGCCUAUCAACAGAUAGGCUUAGACCACGUCUUUGAGCUUGAGACAUCUGCAUGUAGGAUGACAGGAUCAAGAGUGCAAAAGCAUUACAUGUAGGUAGGUCCUAACAUGUGAAACUCACAGAUGGUCUCAGUUCAGGCCUUGGACCUACACACAAGAGGAUUGCCAUGACCUUAGUGCAAACACCUUUGUUCAUGUUGAAAACCUAUAAUUAGACCAGGCCUUGGGCCCCCUCAGACAGCUAGGGAGACAAGACCAGAGUGCAAAAAUGUGAGGUUAUAUGUACAUGUAAUACCUAACAGACCCACCUGUGCACCACUUGCCCUGGAUUGCUGCUUUAUUUCUAUUUUUUUCGAGCAAUAGUUUUAGAUUUUACCUGAGAACGAGUUAGACCAACUCUAGAACCACAUGUAAAUCUGGUGUGAUGGGUUUUUCACAAAGCUGUACUUGGGUUACACACAACUUAUUGCAUCAUGACUGUUGACCCUUUUUUGUGGUUCUAAAUCAGAUUCUAAAUCAUUUUGAUUCCUUUCAGCUCCAGUUGACAUCAGAUCUUUGUAGAAAAAAAUCCUUAUUUUUAAUUGGGCAUUUUGCUUAAACAGGGAUAAUUUGGAAUUUUCAUUUAGCAUAUUAAAAAAAAAUGGUCACCGGUCACGUAUGUAGUCGUGCGUGAAUUUACGAACAGCAAUGUGAUAAAGGCCCCUGGAAACUACUGCAGGUAAAGAUAUAUUUUAUUUCGAGAGGUUCCAAAUUCCUGAAUCCUCAAUUGUCACAAGAAUUUUAGAGACUCCGGGCUGCAUCUGACUGCCUCUGUACACUUAUCUCCAAAUGCCCUUGUUCCAUUAAUAUUUAACCCUAUCUAGGCCGGGGUAUUUUGGGAGUUCAUAUGGCCUUGAGAUCUCG